ACUGUACAGUGGCGAGUCGUCGUCGAGUGCAGGGAUAAGAUGUUGUUUUAUUAUUAUAACUAUUUUUCUUAUAUUUGUGUGGAAAAAGUUUCAUCCCCUUUGCGCAGAAUCAACGAGAUGUAUAUCUUACGAGAAAAUUCACCCCAUACUUCGCAUACAGCAAAGGCUAUGCCCUCGCGUCGAUGGUAACGCGCGCGUGGUCCAUGGAAAACUGUUGGAGAUGAAGAAAACACCGUCAGUACGACGAGAAACGUCAAGAAAGCACGGCGAUUUAACUAUUUUUACUUAAAACUUCACCGAGCUCCGAUAAUUCUCAUCGAAUUAUUCAGGGAUUAAGAUUUUUUCAUAACGGGCGAAAAUUGUCUUAAAAAAAAGUUGUGGCUCAUUUAAACAUUAGUGAAUACGAAAUGAACGUUUUUAAAUAGUCAAAACAACUUUGGGGAUUUCGCAAAGUGAUCGUUGUGUGAAUAUACGCCUACGAGGGAUGAAUAAAAUUGAAUGCUGAAAUUUUCUAACUGAUUAUAAUUGUGUCAAAAAUGAAUCUCGCUCGACCUGAGAUUUUUCGAUGACGCACGUGGGAGCGCGUGAGCUUGAUUUUCGCAAUGUAUAACGUGGACCAUACUUUUCACGAAGAAUUUUCAAUCGAAGUUAUCGAGAAAAUCUGACGUUCGUAUAAUUACGAUUUUUCAAAAACUGAGAUCCUCUUCGCUUCCUUUGAAUAUUCUGGCUGUGAAAAUUGGCGGUCUAUUUUGUAAGAAAAAUAUAAAACAAACCGACAACCUACGCUGUUCUACAAUGAUCGCUGAUCAGAGAGAAAAAUUUAAUCCUCAGAACAUGAAAAAUAUCAAAACUGGGCAUCAGGAAUCCCAUGCAAUUUUCGCAUCGAAAAAUCAUCCCCUACGCUCACGACGUUCUAUUCCCUAAGCUAGAGUCGGACUACACCAAAAAACUAAGAAAACAUAAAACGCAACCGGACCAAAAUUCGAAAAUCUUAAAAUAAAAUUCGAGCAGCAUGAGGGAGAAAGUGAUAAAUCGGCAGGAAGAUCGAGACUGUUGAAAAAAACAAAGGCUGAUGUUGAAUGUGGAACAAAAAAAUUGAGUUAUAAGAAACAGAAUUUCGGAACUUCGAGAUUCCGACGAGAUAAUAAUGUCGUUUUCCCCGGCGCGAUUGGGACUUUACUUAUACUCUAUUUGGAUUUUGAUAUCAUUUUUAGAAAAAUCUCGUGCCGAUCUGGGAAGCAAAUAUCAAAAAUGUAAAAAUUCGAGUUCGGCACUUGUUGCACAGGAUUACAGCUUUUUAUACAAUUGUUUGACCGAGAGCGGGGCACACAGCUUCAACGAAAGUCUGACGAUUGGGUUCUUGGGAUCCUACGGGAGAAGUCAGGUGGUUCUUGGAGCCCUCCCUUUGGCUAUAGCCACGGUGAAUCUAGAUCCGAAUCUUUUACCUGGAAGAGAGUUAAAAUUCAUAGCGGCUGACAUAGGGCGAAGUAACGCCGAUUCGUUGGCCGCAGUUAGCAUAAGAAUAAUGACAGAAAUGAGGGAUUCUGGAACCGUCGCUUUCAUCGGACCCGAUGAUUCCUGCAAAGCUGAAGCUCUCGUCGCCGCAGCUUGGAAUUUACCUCUGAUAUCAUACAAAUGUGAAGACUCGGAAGUAUCGGACAGUCGAGUGUACUACACAUUUGCCAGAACACUUCCGCCGACCAGUAAAAUAAGCAAAAGCGUCGUUGCUCUCCUGAGAGCUUUUUCCUGGACGAAAGUCGUCGUAGUAUGCGAAACUAGGCCGGCAUGGAGUGAGAAGCUCAAGGAUUACUUGCAGAAUUAUGGCAUCACCGUUAUGGACACGUUUACCGUCAACGAUUACAUACCGAUUUUUGAAAGCAAACUGGACGACAUCGUUACCGCAACAUUUUCAAAAACGAGAGUUUACCUAUUCGUCGGAGAGCACAUAGCCUUGGUGGACUUUGUAAAGUGUCUUCAGAAGCGUAGGUUGCUUUACAGUGGGGAUUAUAUAAUAGUCUCCGUAGACGACAAGAUCUACGACCCCCAAAGGAGGAUAGACAUCACUCAACGCAAUUAUAUUGACCCCUAUCUACCGGAUAGAAACAUGUCGCAGGAUGUGAAAUUUGGAUUCCGAUCUGUCCUCAAACUUACGCCGACUCACAUUAUAAAUCCAAACUUCAAGAAAGUAUGUGAACACAUAAAAAAGUAUUCGGUGGAACCGCCAUUUUGUGUACCUUAUCACAGCGAGAUAUUCAAGACAAUUGCGAUGCCGAUUCAAGCAGCACAUUUAUACGACGCAGUGAUGAUUUACGCGAGAGCUGCAACCGAAUUAUUGGCCGAGGGUGAAGACCCCAGAAACGGAUCCGCAAUACUGAAUAAAAUUCGUAACAGAAGUUAUCAUUCCGUACAAGGAUACGACGUAUUUAUUGAUGAAAAUGGGGAUGCCGAGGGUAACUUUACAGUUGUAUCGUUGUUGGACGACGAAGAGGCGAGCGGAUCGGUUAAAAUGUCUAUGCAACCGGUCGGAUACUUUCAAUACAGCGACAACGAUACCGGAGGGAUUCCAAAAUUUACGUACAUCAAUUCAAAAAAAGAGAUUCAAUGGGUCGGACCCGAUCCGCCAAGGGCGGUUCCGGAAUGUGGUUUCGCCGGUGAACUUUGUCGCGACGAUAUUGACGAGGAAUUCGAAGACCACCUAUCGAAUAUAAACGACUGGAGGGACUGGAGACUCCACGUUGCAUUGCUGGCUGCCACUGCCCUCGUAAUCGUCGCCGCGGUAUUCGCGUUCAAGCACUACAGAUACGAACAAAAACUCGCCUGUAUUCUGUGGAGAAUCGAGUUGAAAGAUUUGACGAUGAUUCCAAGCGACGUUGCUGAAUCUUGUAACGAAAAAAGUGUGGUAUAUUUGGGAGAACCAGGUUGCACUCCGAAGGCGCACACGCGUGUAGCAUUGCACCGGGAAAGUAUGGUGGCGGUGAAACCGAUUUAUAAAAAAACAGUCGACAUAACGAGAGCCAUUCGCAAGGAAUUGAAACAGAUAAGAGAAAUAAGACAUGAAAAUUUGAUACCUUUCAUGGGCGCGGUCGUUGAACCCGGUGCUAUUUUCAUAGUGACUGGUUACUGCGCACGUGGAUCCUUGCAGGAUUUGUUACAGAAGGAUGAUUUAAGGCUGGAUCCGAUGUUCGUGUCUUCUUUGGUCGCCGACCUACUGAGAGGUAUGAUAUACCUGCACGAUAGCGACAUAAUAUCCCACGGGAAUUUGAGGAGCAGUAACUGUCUGGUGGACAGCCGUUGGGUUUUGCAAAUCUCUGAUUUUGGAUUGCACGAAUUUAAAUCUGGACAAGAAGAACCCGAUUACGAUAAAAAGGAACUCCAGAGGCUGCUUUAUCGAGCCCCGGAAUUGCUCAGAAGUCCUGCCCCACUGCCCAGAGGAUCCCAGAAAGGGGAUGUGUACAGUUUUGCUCUAGUGCUUUACGAGAUAAUGACUCGUCGAUUUCCAUGGGAUGACAUGGUGUCGACGACGUCCGAGGUGAUAAAAAAUAUUCGAAAGGGUCAAAGGUUACGGCCGCCCUUGAAUUGCAUCAAGGGAGUUUCGGAUUACAUUCUUAAAUGCAUCGAAUCUUGUUGGCACGAAGAGCCCGACGCGAGACCGGACAUCAAACUCGUCUCCGUAAUACUGAAGCCGAUGCAAGCGGGAUUAAAAGCAAAUAUUUUCGACAACAUGUUGGCGAUAAUGGAAAAAUAUGCCUGUAAUUUGGAAGGUCUCGUACAGCAGAGAACUAACGAACUCGUAGAAGAGAAGAAAAAAACUGACGCCUUACUACACCGCAUGUUGCCCAAAACCGUUGCCGAGGCCCUCAAAAGAGGAGAUCCCGUCGAAGCCGAGAGUUUUGACAGCGUCACGAUAUAUUUCAGCGAUAUAGUUGGUUUUACGGAAUUAUCGGCGGAGAGUACGCCUCUUCAGGUUGUAACACUUCUCAACGAGUUGUACACCUGUUGUGAUUAUAUCAUCUCGCAUUACGACGUUUACAAGGUUGAGACCAUCGGAGACGCUUACAUGGUUGUUUCCGGACUACCCGUCAGAAACGGCGAUAAACAUGCCGGCGAAAUAGCUUCCAUGGCUCUGCAUCUUCUUCGGCGUAUCAGCCGAUUCGAACUGCCGCACAAACCUGGAGAAAGUUUGAAAAUCCGAAUAGGUAUUCAUUCCGGUCACUGCGUCGCAGGAGUAGUGGGACUGAAAAUGCCGAGGUAUUGUCUUUUCGGUGACACGGUGAACACCGCUUCGAGGAUGGAAUCUUCGGGAUCGCCUUUAAGGAUUCACAUGUCCGAACACACGUGGAGAUUGCUGCAGAAACUCGGAGGAUACCACGCGGAAGAACGGGGCCUGGUGGAGAUCAAGGGCAAAGGUGAGAUGAAGACUUACUGGCUCAUCAGCGAGGAUCCCCUCUGCAGACAGAAUCGUAUAUUCGAAUCGAAUUCGCACUUUUAUCAUUCCCAUUACGGUUCGCUCUGUUCGCUAUCUUCCGAUCGACUAACCGAGACGCCGGAUCUGUUGCGCAGAACAUUGAUCGGAGCCGAAUUUCUCGAUGCCGAUCCCGCGGGAUUUCGAUUUGCCAGACGGGAGCUUCAUUUACGUGCUGUCCGAGCCUGUUCGCAUCAAAACAGUCAGGAACUUAUUUACUACAACGGGAAUGGUCGUUCGCACAGGUCCGCUCCAGCCAUAACUUUAACGGAUAUGAUGACCAAUUAUUGAAUAGAUGUUAUAAAUAAUAAUUGUAUUGAAAAAAAAACCAGGUAUAAAAAAAAUUUGUAAGAAAAUAUAUUUGAAACGGUUUGUAAAUCCUGAUGUGUAAUUGUAUGAACGCUGUAUGUCAAUAUUUCGUACCUGUUUAGCUCCUAAGUAAUGAAUAAUAAAUCGAAUGAAAGUGUU